AAUGCCGUUUGUGGUGCCAGAUCUUUGUUUAUAGCCCUUAAACUAACUUUAUGUCAUGUGUCUUUUCUCCAUUAACUAGUAUGCAGGAAUAGGUGGAGAGUCAUUGGCAACGUUGCUGAAGCGUGCUACCGCCUCCCUGACCUAUAGCGCCCUCUGUCUUCCUGAUAACAUCUCUGAGAGAGGCCUGGAGAAUGUACCCCACUACUACUACAGAGAUGAUGGGAUGAAACUGUGGAACAUCAUCAACAAGUUUGUUGCGGCUUUCUUGUCACACUACUAUCAAUGUGAUGCACACAUGCAGAAGGACACAGAGCUGCAGCAAUGGAUCAGUGAGAUAUUCACCAAUGGCUUCCUGGGAAGAGAUGGCUCAGGAAUACCAUCAUCUCUUCAGACUGUGACAGAGCUCGUCAAGUUUGUCACCAUGGUGAUCUUCACUGCGUCAGCCCAACAUGCCGCUCUAAACAAUGGACAGUUUGACUUUGGCGGCUGGAUGCCUAACUUCCCCAGUGCCCUCAGAAAGCCCCCUCCCAAGGAGAAAGGCCAGACCACUGAGGACACGAUCCUGGAGACCCUUCCUGAUGUGAGCACGACAGUGAAUAUAAUGGCUGUCCUGAGACUGCUGACCCAGGAUUCUGCAGACCAAUACCCUCUGGGACAUUUCCCAGAAAAUCUGCAUGAUGAAGAGGUCCUCUGCAAGCUCAUUGAAGAGUUUCAGAAGGAUCUGAGGAAGUUGUCGGAUCUCAUCGAGGAGCGGAACAAGAAUUUGGAGCUUCCCUACACCUAUCUGAACCCCAAAAAUGUGGACAACAGUGUAGCCAUUUGAAAGGAGACAGAAUUCUUUCUUACCGUGUUUGUAUUUCUAUUUAUAACUUUGUCAAUAAAAAUAAAGACCAAAGCAAAAAUAA